AUGGACGAGUUUUUCGCAGUGAUUUUGCGCAAAUCCACCGAAUCGGCGAGCAGGCAAGUGCUGUCCCGGCAAGCCCGGAAGUGGUGGUGUAGCCGUUGGCGGAGGGCGGCAAGACGAGGUACAAGGGGCGGCCGCGAGCAGAUGCCAUUCGGUGGCCGAUGUGCGUCUUGCCAGGCUCGUCGGUCUCUCCAUCCGAUUGGCCAUUCGACUCGGCCGGACCGAGCGACUCGAGUUCAAGCCGAGAAGUGGGCAGAGCAAGCAAGUCUGUUCGCGCUCUCUCCCUCGCUCCUGCUGCCCUCUUCGCAGUCUGCAACGGCACACGCCAGACAAACCGGUGCCUCGGGGCCACCAACAAGCCUGACAUUUACGUGUGUGUAUCCGUUGCUACCUUGUCUGUGCGAAAGGCUCGUCUCGGCGACCAUCCUAAGGCCUGCUUGGCUCGGUUGCCUUGGCAAAGCGCGACACUGCUCCACCCUCCUGCCAACGAGCCUGGCAGUGCUGAAUGCUGGAAACGGUGUAGAUGCUUGCUUAGCCGGUCGGUCGGCAGAAGAAGACUUUGAGAUUAUCCGCUCCUGUCGGAACUACCACUCGGGCAAUACCGGGUGGCAAGCAAGCCUCAGGCUCGGUUGCGAAUGUCCGUUUUGA